AUGCUGGAAAUGAGACAUUUUACACAACGCCUUAAGAGUUGUGGAAAUAAAUUGACUGCAGUUAAUAGGCAAAAGAUAGACAUCUUGGGACAGGGUAACUUUGAAAUAACUCAGAAAUUCCGGUUUCUGGGGUUCCAGGUGAGCACAGAUGGUAACAGGCCUGAUCCAGACUCUUGCAGUGCCAUUGCUGAAAUGCCAGCUCCAAGAACAGCAAAGGACGUGUGCAGGUUUCUGGGGGCGGCCGAAUAUUUCCGUCGCCACAAUGAAGGUUUUGCCAAUAUAUCAGCACCCUUGACUGAUCUAACAAAAAAAUAUGUAUUGGGAAGAUUGCUGGACUAUAAACAGCAUUACAGUCAGGUGUCAGAUAAUUGGAUUCAGCAUUUGAAUUAUGCCGAUUAUUUCGAUACAAUCUGCAGAUUACAAGAGCGCCAUGGCAGCCAUGAAGUUAAAGAUCGAGCUAGCUACAUAGAACGCGAACGUCAGAAGGAACAAGCUGCCCUUCAGAAGGAAGAUCUUCGGGUAAAAGAACGGGAAGCUGCCCUCCAGAACGAACACACUGAACAUCAAGUCGCUGAAGAACGUGUUGCAUUGAAUCGUGCACGUGACCAAGAGAGACUAGAGCUCCGCCGUCAAUAG